AUGGCUGCUCACAGACUGCAACGCUACGCUGUAUUUUUAUCAGGGUAUUCUUAUAAAAUAGAAUUCAUUAAAGGGAUUGACAAUGGUAAUGCGGACGCACUAUCUAGAUUACCAGUGAGUGGAACAGAUUCUAUUAAUGAUGUUGUAUGUGAUAAAUUUUAUAUUAAUCUGAUUACUACCAAUGUCAAAACGAUUGUAGAUUUGGACAUUUGUAUGGAAGUAAAAAAAGAUGUCAAAAAAUCCAUUUAUGAACUGCAAGUCACGGAAACGAAGGAAGAACAAGAAUGUCCCAACCCCCCAACCGAAAGAAAAAUUACUUUGUCCACGGACUAUGGUACGUUAUGA